UGUCGGUUCUUGGGUUCGCUGCUCGAACCGUGGGCGUCUAAGCAUUUGCUUCGGAUGUGUGUUUUUGUCUAUAUAAAGCAUUUCUGUGAAAAGCAUUCGUUACUCCUCGUAUAAGCUACCGCCAGUUCUUUACCCUUCCAUUGCUUUCUCCUCUCUCUCCCAGUAUUUGACAUGGUUUUAGCUUUCAGUUGGCAGCUCUAGGAAGCAAUAUCCUGAACUGGGUUUCAUGCACAUUCUCUCAAAACUAGCUGGUUCAGGUUCCCUCCUAUUUUUCUAGUUCAGGAUAUCCCUAUCAAAAGAAAUAGAGGGUUCAGAAAUUUUUGUAGAUGCUUAAUGUCUUUGUUAUUUCAACCUAAGAGGAAGUGACUCAGAAUGGCGUUUGCAAUAUUAGCCCAAUGUAUAAACCUUCUAUUAUGUGCCUUGCUACUGCUCAAAACAGAAGGCUUUAAUGUGGGAAUUACUUAUGUCGAGAAUGCUGUAGCAAAAGGAGCCGUUUGUUUGGAUGGAAGUCCGCCAGCUUACCACUGGGAUAAGGGAUUUGGUGCAGGAGUGAACAAUUGGUUGGUUCACUUUGAGGGAGGUGGAUGGUGCAACAAUGUCACCACUUGCCUUUCUCGUAAGAGCACUCGUCUAGGUUCAUCUAAGGAAAUGGUCAAGGAAGUUGCUUUCUCUGGCUUACUGAGUAAAUUUCAAAAGUUUAAUCCUGACUUUUACAACUGGAACAGAAUCAAGGUUAGGUACUGUGAUGGGGCAUCAUUUACUGGCGAUGUGGAAGCAGUUGAUCCAGCAACUAACCUUCACUUCAGAGGAGCAAGGGUUUGGCUUGCUAUCAUUGAGGAUCUGUUAUCGAAAGGAAUGAGAAGUGCUGAAAAUGCUAUUCUCUCCGGUUGUUCGGCUGGUGGAUUGACUUCUAUUUUGCAUUGUGAUAACUUCAGAGCUCUUGUACCUAUAGGUGCUAAAGUUAAAUGCCUGGCGGAUGCUGGUUACUUUAUCAACGCGAAGGAUGUUUCUGGAGCACAACACAUUGAAGCAUUUUAUAGUGAAGUGGUUGCGACACAUGGUUCAGCGAAGAAUUUACCUUCUUCAUGCACCUCAAAAAUGAGACCUGGGUUGUGUUUCUUUCCCCAAAACAUGGUACAGCAAAUCAAAACACCAAUAUUUCUUGUAAAUGCAGCCUAUGAUUCAUGGCAGAUAAAAAACAUUUUGGCGCCUGGUGUUGCUGACCCCCAUGGCCAUUGGCAUAGCUGCAAACUUGAUAUAACGAACUGCUCACCCACUCAAUUAACUACCAUGCAAGAUUUCAGGAUGCAAUUUUUAAGUGCGUUGAAUGGACUGGGCACCUCUUCAUCUAGAGGAUUGUUCAUUGACUCUUGCUAUGCCCACUGCCAAACUGAAAUGCAGGAGACAUGGUUAAGGGAUGAUUCUCCAUUGCUGGGUAGAACAACAAUAGCAAAGGCAGUUGGAGACUGGUUUUAUGACCGAAGUCCAUUCCAAAAGAUAGAUUGCCCUUAUCCUUGCAAUCCCACUUGCCACAACCGUGUUUUCGAUCCUAAGGAACUCUCAGAAUUAUAGAUGGAUUUGGUAGCUAUCAGUUGAAGAGAAAAAGAAAAAGGGAAAAUUAAUGAUUGAUCAAGUCUUCUGAAUAAGCAAAAGGCACCACUUCACUAAACCUGUGUGUUGGGUGUCUUCCAUGGUUAUUGUAUUCGGUUAUUAUUCCCAAUAAAAACAAUGUACCCAAAGUUGAUUAUGCUCUGAACAUCUUUCAUUUAAAGUAUUGGAGUACUCUUUUAAUUUA